AUGUUUUUCCGAGGCCGGCCACGGUCACCCUGUGCACGAGGCUUGUUUAUUGGGCAAGAAAUUUAAUGAUUCCUGUAAUCUUUGUACACUUGCGUGAGUUGCCAAACACAGGACACAUUUAAAUUCCGUUCCGGAAACCGCCUACAACCAACUUGUAUAUAUCCAGAAAACACCCGUAGCAGCAGCAGAACAGCGACGGUUGUCGCGGGCAGAGCAACCGCAGAAACACCUCUUCGCUCCGAAUUCAAGCGACUCGGGGAGCGUGUCGUCUAUCUUAGUCGUGCAGCAACAGCAACAGCAGCAGCAGUGGCGGAGAAGCAGUAGCAGCCGCAGCAGCAGCAGUGUCAAUUAGUAGUUUCGCAUACCACCUCAUUUGAACACCGCAUACCACACCACGCCACACACCAUACGGCUCUGCCACCCCCGCCCGCGUAUCGUUUCCCCCGUCGUCCCGUCGGGUCCGUGUUAUACAACAAAAUUGUUCCGUGUUCAUAUCGUUACGCCGGCUAAAGUCGCGCAAACUGCUGACCAGGCAGCGUUAUCCCCAUCCCGGCUCCGGUUUAUUUGCGUGCGACCUGGUCCUAGAGGAGAAAGCGGUUGUAACUGUGUGUGCGAACUGAAACUGGCUUUAGAACUGGUCCGGACUAGCAGGUCAUCGCCGUCGUAAGAGGAGCCCACACAGCAAGGGCACAACCGCAAUUCACAAGCAGCCCGCAGUAGAAGUAGAAGCAGAAGCAGAGGCAAAGCGAGCAGCUCCACCGGAUCCACUAUGAACAUAGACGACUACGAGUCACUACCCACUACCAGCGUGGGAGUGAACAUGACGGCGGGAGGAAUUGCAGGCGUGCUGGAACACUUGGUCAUGUAUCCGCUGGACUCCGUCAAGACCCGCAUGCAGAGCCUUUCGCCGCCCACAAAUAACCUGAAUAUAUUGUCAACCUUUCGGAACAUGGUGACACGUGAGGGUCUUUUAAGACCCAUUCGUGGAGCCAGCGCUGUGGUCUUGGGCGCUGGUCCAGCGCACUCACUCUACUUUGCUGCCUACGAAAUGACCAAGGAGGUGGCGGCCAAGUUCACAUCAGUGAGCAACCUCAACUAUGUGAUUUCGGGAGUGGUGGCCACACUCAUACACGACGCCAUUUCCAGUCCCACGGACGUGAUCAAGCAGCGCAUGCAAAUGUACAACUCGCCCUACACAUCGGUGGUAUCCUGCGUCCGAGACAUUUACAAGCGGGAGGGCGUUAAGGCCUUCUACAGAGCCUACGGCACACAGUUGGUAAUGAACCUACCAUAUCAGACAAUACAUUUUACCACAUACGAGUUAUUCCAGAACAAAUUAAAUCUGGAUCGAAAGUACAAUCCUCCGGUGCACAUGGCGGCGGGAGCGGCAGCUGGAGCAUGUGCGGCGGCCAUUACCACGCCCCUGGACGUAGUGAAGACGCUAUUAAACACUCAGGAGACUGGUCUGACGCGCGGCAUGAUCGAGGCCAGCCGAAAGAUCUACCAUAUGGCUGGACCAUUGGGCUUCUUCAGGGGCAUGACUGCCCGUGUGCUCUAUUCGAUGCCCGCCACGGCUAUAUGCUGGUCCACGUACGAGUUCUUUAAGUUCUAUUUGUGCGGCUUGGAUCGGGAACAGUACAAAUCGUCAAUUGCCGGACGCUCGGAACCCCGCAAAGCGGACUACGUGCUGCCCAAGACCGAUGACGAGACGAUGAGCGAUCGCGACAGGGAGACGGUGAAGGAUACCACUGCGACCCUUCACUCCGCUCCCACCUCGGUGAACGCCUCCGGUGCCAUUAAGACGGUGUGUGAGCUGUCCACGCGACCCGUCGCGCCCACAAUUAACCUGCAUACACGGCACACGGACGUCGAGAGUCCGUACGAGCGACGCGGCUUCUCCACGUAGGCAGCACCGGUGGGCGUGGCCGCGAGCGAGGCCUGCGUUCGAAAUGUUUGCAGCAGCAGCGACAGCUAAACCUAAGCGUAGCUAUUAGUUGGCGGUCGGGGUCGGGGACGUUGGAUCUGGAGACUGUUGGUAGGUGGACGACGACACGGUGUUUGAAACACCUGCGGGCGCUCCACUGACCAGCCACGUUCACCUCCAGCCCCCUGUCCUCAGCUGCUUGUAUGAAUACUCUGCGAGGAGUCGGUGAGAGAGUUUUAUCACUCCAUAGUCGGAGGUUAAAUCGUAGUUGUUGUUCUGCACAAAACUCUCGCUCUCACAUCUACGCAAAACUCCAAACACACACACCCAGCCUAUACACAAACACAGUUUUAGGAACAAUGCGAAAUUCUUGUUAAAAAUAAUGCUAAGAUCAAAUGUAUCUGUUAUAUUUCGAAAUGAGAGAACCUUCCUGUAAAAUACUAUUACCUAUUAUUAUGUAUUACAAUUAUGAUUUACUACAUUUAUACAUACUAUUUUUUUAACAAGUUUCAAAGUAUAUACUCCUAUAUAUUUAUGUUGAUCGUUGUAAAGUAAUCGAGAGCAAAAAUGUAAAGCACACACGAAGCGAGCAAGGCUUCAAUAAUUAGUAAUCAAAUUACACACACUGAAAUCUUCAAACUGAGAUGUUACAAAAUAUAAAUGAACCGCAGAUACCAGAAAACCAGGGAACGAACUGCAUGCCCGUAUCUCCCUAGAUUGUCCAAUUCAGACCCGAUCCUAACUAUAUAGACAGACUCACUGUAACCUAGUAACCCGGCUACAGUUGUACUCGCCGGGGACUUGAUCACUCGUUUCUCAACAUUGUUUACCCAUCAACCAUCACUUAUUAUCUUUCGCGGAUCCGGGGACAGCCAGAGUCCCCAGGAAACUCAAUAAUAAUGCAUCAUAUUAUUA